AUGUAUUAGAAUAGUUCUGAGGUAAAUGAUUCAGAAUCAUGAUAGCAUUAUGAAUUCAUUAAUAGUAACCUUGUGAUUGAGGAAAUCGCCGAGGACGUAGAGAGUUAUAAGGAAGUUGUCCAAAUUGCUGAUGAAAACAAAAUCAAGGUCGCACUUGUAAUGUAUAGUCAAACUACAAAACUAGAUAGACAAUCAAAAACUCAAACAAGAAUUCCUAUCGGCAGACAACUAUCCAUCAUUCACCCAAGUUCUUAUCAUCUCAAACAUAAGCCACAAUUGCUAUUACGAUGACCCGUUCUUUCACUACAUUCUUAUGAUCACUAAAGUCAUCCGCAAAGCUCUCAAAAGGAUGUUAGUCCCUAAUUGUAUUAAAUCGAAAUAGGAAUUCAUUGUAUUUAUAAUCUAAUAUAGAGAGCAAAGAAAAUCAGCUUUUUAGAUGUUUCUAUUAAGAUAUCAACAUUGGGUUCAUAACUUCGACAGGCUAGAUUAAAUCCACUGCUUUUAUCUAUAUCCAUAAGAACAUCAGAGAAUUCAUUAUCAAAAAGAUAGUGAUUGAUUAAAAAUAAGAGCGAGUUAGAUUUUUAAUGCAUUUUUUUAGAAUUGAAAACAUAAUUAAGAUACCAUAUGUGCAGCAGGAUUACAAAAACUAAUUUCUAAAAACAAACAAAUUCAAGAAUGAAUUCAUCAUCUUAAACGAAGAAAUUGAAAGUCAUCAAUCAUUAUUUCAUGUCUAUAAACCUGUGGAUGAUUAGAUCUAUUUUGUAAAGAGAGUAAGUAUCCCUCACUAUAUUAUCUCCUAGAUUCAUCUGAGAACCACCUUCAAUUCCUCAUUUAUGAAUGUCUUCCAUUCUAAAGAUGUACAUAUAGGCAGAGCCAAAAUACUUGCUUCCCUUUCGCACCCCAAUGUGGUCAGAUUAUAUGACUGGUGGCUUGAAAUGCUCAACUUCCAACCUUAUUUAUUUAUGUAAAUUGAAUAUUGCACUUAUCCACGUUAUAUAUCAUAGGCCAAGAAUUUGCUUAGCUAUGCUUAUUUUUAUAUGAACCCCAUGUCUUGCAAAUAAAAACUCAAGUUGAUUCAGGAUAUUAUGGUGCAGAUUGUACAAGGUCUGGAGUUUCUGAAAUUAAGAAACAUUCACAUCGUCGACUUAAAACCCGAAAAUAUCAUGGUUACUAUUACUGUCACUGGAGAUUUAUAAGUAAUUAAUUCUUGGAUUUUCAAAGGUUAUGCUCUCCGAUUUCAAUCCCAUCAAUAAUAAUCAAUAAACCUUGAAUAACAUUGAAAAUAUAGCACUUGCCUUUGGAGCACUGAUUAUGCAUUUAAUUUUAACAUUCCCAGGAGAUAGCACACUUAGAAAUAAUUUCAUUGCGAAAUUCUAAGAAAUGAAUUUAGAAGACUCAAUAUCACUCUUCGAUACCUGGGCUUAAAAGGUAAAAAAUAGAAAUCGUGAAUUUUCAUUUAAUCUCUUCAAAAACUUAAUGUAAUCAGCUCAAUCCCUUUUAAUAAAAUAAUAUCAUGAUUUCCAUGAACUUAAAACUAUUAUCCUCAAAAUCGUUUGA